AUGAAGGAAGGCGAGUGCAGUCCGGAGGCGGAAGCCGGCGACCCGACGAUCCGGCCCGGCGCGAUGAAGCUCCUCUACGCCAACUUGACGUUCCCGCCCGGCGGGACGCCGAGGGCGAACCUGACGGUCGCGGUCGCGAACGGCACCGGCGGCGUCGCCGUCUGCUCGGCCGUCGUCUCCGCCGUCCCGAUCGCCUUCCCGUGCCUCAACGCCUCCAACACCGUCUCCGACGUCUUCUAUUCCGCACCGACCCUGACGGAGCCAGACGGCGUGCAGCUGAACCUGGGCACGGUCUGCCACUUCCCGAGCCUCGGGGCGGCGAACACGAUCCAGGUGGUGGUGGCGGUGGUGCCGGGGGAGGUGGUGCCGGGGGGGGCGGUGAGGGUGAGGGCGGACCUGGACCUGGCCCAGGGGGCGGCGAGCGGGCGGGUGUCGUCGCAGGUGCUGACGCUGGUGGUGGCGAGCGCCGCGGCGAACGCCAGCGCGGGCAAUGCGACCGAUUCGACGACGACUGCCACGCCGACCUUGACGGCCCAGCCGAACUUGACGGCCCCGGGCGCCGUCCCAGCGGCGGGGAUCGGCGAGCCCUUCUGGAUGCCCUUCAACCUCUCCCUCCCCGCCCUCGAGGUCUUCAACCUGACCUUGACGGUCGCGGGCGCGCACGACGCGACGCGCGUCGCCGUCGAGCCCAUCGCCGUCAGGAUGGCGUACCGCGGCCGGAACUUGCAGUGCGUGGGGCAGGGCGACCUGAACGCCUCCCUCGUCUACCACCGGGACGUGAACCCCACGCAGGUGGAUUCCCUCACGCUGCCUCUUGGAUUCGUGCGAAAUCCAGCCUUCACCCUCUUCCGAGGGGACCACCAAGACGAGGACGACGUGGUGACGAUCGAGGUCCUGUUCAGGCUCACGGACCACCCCAUGAACCAUCAGGACACGGUCCUGCCCAUCACCUUCGGGUUCCAGGUGGACAGCGGUCAGGCGGCGACGUCGGUGACUCAAGGCGUGAAGGUCGCCCGGGACGGACAGGAGGAUCCCAAGUUUUUCCUCAAUGUGACCAUUCCCAAAUGGGACUCCGCGAAGACCCCUUUCCUCAGAUUCGACGAAUUGGAGCUGGAAGUGGAGCUGGGCCACACCUGGGACUCCCGGGGGGAGCCGGAGAACGUGACCCUCGCGUUCCACCUGCCGCCGUUCGUCGACUACGUCCAGGUCGUCGCGGAUAACGGGACUGUCCCGGCCGCCGUGUCCCGGGACGACGCCACCCUCACGCUCUUCUGGCCGUACAUCGUCUGGGACGAGGGCACGAUCCGACUGAGCAUCCGCCUGCAAGUGGACCCGAAGAACAAGCGAGGCUACGGGGCGGGGCCGGGCCACGCGGUCAUCCCGUUCCAGCUGGCGGGGGGGAUGGUGAGGAGGUUCGGGAUCCCGGGGUGGGGGACGUAUCCUUCGGGGGCGUCCAACCGGGUUGCGCUGGUGGAGCCGGGCAUGGUGGUGUUUGGGGUGGAUGCGGACGACUGCUUCGAAAACCUGGGCGUGGGGGAUCCCGUCCGCAUACCCGACUGUCAGCUGUCUGCGUCCUCGGCCAUCUCCGUGGACUUCGGGCCGUCGAAGGCCCGCUACGUCCGGGGUGUCAGCGACCCCACAAAAGCCUGGAUCCCGGAGCUGCGCGUCGGGCCAUACCGGCAUUGGCUCCAGGUGGACUUCGGGGCGCUGGCCAGGGUGACCCAGGUGAUCCUAGACGUGCCGGUCGGGUAUCGCAAGGUGCUCCGGUACCAACUCCUCGCCAGCAUCAACGGGCAGUCCUGGACUCCGACGGAGGAAGGGAUAGUGACUGUGUCAGCAAGCGAGACGUACCCGCAUUCCCGGAACCUCACGUACCCGUUGAAGACGCGGUUCGUUCGGGUCGUGAUCCUGGAGACGGAGGCGACGGGGAACGACAAGCUGGCGUUCGGGAUGACGGCGGACUUCUACGGGUGCAAGGUGGCGAACAUCCUGCUGCCCGCGGAGCUGUCGGUCUGCUCGUACAACCCGGACACGAGGGUCACGAACGUGGAAGUUGCGGGGAACCGUCACUUUGUAGUCGACGAGCACCAGGACAUUGCAUUCGUCUGCGACACCGAACCGACGGAAGACGCCGUGCUCUGCUACGUCUCCCAGCCCGGCGGGGCCUCCCCCUGGCGGAUCCUCCCGCUGCACGUCCACGCGGUGACCGGGUGGGACGCGGCGACGGGGCGGACGUACUUCCUGGACGAGCAGGAGCAUUCCGUGGUGUACUCGGUCGAUGGAGGGCUUACCUUCUCCCCGGACGAGUACGCCCAGGCGGCAUCCGGUUCCUCGUUCCAGACCAGCAUCCUGGUCCCGGGUGUCGGCAAGGACGACUUCGUCCCCGAGAAGCUGGGGAAUUGGGAGGCUUCGUUCGACGGGUUGAGCCACUCGGGGCACAUGGCUCUCCGCUGGACCCGCUGCUGCUCUGCUUGAAACGUUUCACGUCGUUUGGGUUUUUAUUGCACGUUUGGUUCAACGCAUCAUCACAGAAACAGAACACUCUAUUAUGGCGUUUGAAAUAAAACUUGAUCUGCAUCACAUA